AUGGCUGACAACGAGAAGACCUCAAUCUCAACUAGUCAUCAGGAAGAGGCCGGAAAUGUGCAGGAGGCCCAUUAUGACCAUCGCAGCCACAGUGAUAAGGAGAAAAACACCGCCCAUGGCUCCUCUUCAGAUCUCUCCUCGACUGCCGAGGUAGAGUCCAUCAACGUCGGACAACGCGGCCGUCGUGCCUCUGUGGCAACUACAGCCCGUUCUCACCGGGAAAGCUUUUACUCUCAGCGGAGUGUUGACCCUGCAGAGGUUCAGGCUGCUGUGCCAGGGCAUGAUCUCGAUGUUGAGCUUGCUCAGGGCCGACACUCCCCAACUGAAUUAGCCCGCAUCCAAAGCCACGCUUCGGUCCGCUCGCGCCUAUCGCGCAUCCUUACCAACACUUCAGCUCGCCAGCGCGAGCGAAUUCCCUUUGCCCCCUUACCCCUGACCAACCUCGACGAGGGCAUCGUCGGCUGGGAUUCACAAAGCGACCCGGCCAUGCCGCUCAACUUCCCGGCCCGCAAGAAGUGGACUAUGGUCUCCCUGCUGGCAGCUAUUACCUUUCUCACGCCGUUUGCGUCGUCCAUUCUCGCUCCGGGGAUUACCGCGCUGCAGAAGGAGUUCAACAAUUAUAACUCUGUUGUUGGUACGAUGACCGUCAGCGUAUAUCUGUUGGGGUAUGUGGUUGGGCCAUUGUUCUUGGCGCCGUUAAGCCCAACCAUUGGACCCGUUAUUGGCAGCUUCGUCUCGCAAACCAUCGGCUGGCGCUGGUCCUUCUGGAUCGUCUUUAUCACUUCGGUCGUCGUUGUUGCGACCCACGAGCUUAACAACACUGAAACCAAUCCCCGUGUCCUUAUCAAGCGCAAGGUCGAGCGCCUGAAAAAGGAACUCGGCCGCGACGACCUUCGCAGCUGCUACGAGAUCAAUGCCGAGGAGAAAACCCAUCUCCAGACCCUCCUCAACGGCCUCAUUCGCCCGACCAAGAUGCUCUUUUAUUCGCCCCUCGUGUUCUUCGUCUCUCUGUACAUUGCCUUCACUUAUGGCACGCUGUAUCUUCUCUUUACCACCAUCCCGACCGUCUUUAUGCAAUCUUACGGUUGGUCACUCGGCCUAACUGGUCUAGUAUAUAUCUGCCUCGGUCUAGGCAACCUCGUUGGUUGGGCAGUUAUCACCGCUCGCUCCGACCGCAGCGUUGUUCGCAGGACCAAGGAAAACGGUGGCGUAUUCGAGCCUGAGAUGCGUCUGCCCAUCAGCAUUUACUUCAGCGUGUUCCUUCCCAUGACAUUCUUCUGGUACGGAUGGUCAGCACACUACAAGACGCACUGGAUCGUGCCCAUUAUUGGCCUUUUCCCAUACUCGUUUGGUGGUAUUGGUAUCUUCAUGCCCUUGACGACGUAUUUGGUUGAUUGUUACCCGAUGUAUGCGGCUUCGGCGAUCGCAGCGAACACGGUCAUUCGGAGUUUGGCUGGCAUGUUGUUGCCGUUGGCGGGUCCGAAGAUGUAUGAGACGCUGGGGCUGGGAUGGGGAAAUUCGCUGUUGGGGUUCAUCUGCAUCUUGAUGAUUCCCGUGCCGUUACUUCUGCAUCGGUAUGGGAAGAAGUUGAGGAUGAUGGGCAUGCAGUUGUGA